AUGCAUCCGCCAAAGAUUCGUCUAGUUGCGAAUUUUUGCACAUCAUCUUAGCCACAAAUUCAGUAUAUGACUGUCUGCCUCUAUUAUCAUAUGUGCAUGAUAUAAUCUCUGAUAGUGCGUCCAUCUGCUUACGUUUGCUCCAAUACUGCUGCAGGAAUUGGGAGAUGAAGUCCUCCAGGCUAUUGAUAUCUCGCAUCCGGCUCUGGAAAAACAUCAGCGGCUCGCCGAGUAAUAGACUGGACAGUUGGAAACGCCAUACUAACCAAGAGGUUGGUGGCGGAUGGCGGUUGACUGGUCACGUCGGAUGGCGACUGGGUGGCGGCACUCUCCGUUCCUUCGACGACGUUUGGAGCGAUCUGCGGAGACGCCGGUACCGGGUUGGACGCCCUCACUCCCUCAUCUCCCUCAGCUGGACUCUCAUCGGAAUUACUCGCAUCGACGACGUUAUCGAUCUUCGUAGAAGACAAUUGGGCCAAGUUUUGCAGGUCGAAAUUGAUGGAGCAUAUGCUGCCUCCCUCUCUCUCUCGUGGGGUCUCCGCUGCAUUGUCCUGGGGUUGUUGAUUUGCCGGUGUCGUAGCUACAUAGUUUUGGGGGUGUUCGCUGAAGUAGGAAAUUUGCGAGUUAGCCGGCGACUGGUUCAUGGUGACGUUAUUAUGGAUUACUUCGAGUAAAUAGUCAAGUGUGUUGCCAAAUUUCAAGAAUGUUAAAAUUGAUUCAGUGAUAGUGCCUAUUCUGGAUAAAAUUGUGUGGUGUUAAAAGUUUCAAGUGUCAUGUACAUAUAUUACUAAACGGACAUCAAUAGACAGGUAUGGCUUACAAAUUACACUAAUAUAGUUCUAAAAAUUUUAAUUAGGGUCUUAUCCUCCUGAAUAACCACAGUAUUAUAAUGCCUCAAAUAACCUAUA